AUGGGUCGUAAAAAGGUUCAAAAAGAGCAACGGAAAGUUAAGGGAACUGUGGAGACAUCACCCGGACCAAUCAAGGUGGUCGACCAUCCACCAGAUGCAACAUGGACAGUGGACAAGAACGGCCACAUCGACAUUCUCCAUCAUGCUUGCCAGUUCAAGAAGCAUUUCAAAAUCACUGGAAUUGAUAAGCAGUUCCACAACGUUUGGAGAUCGAUUCCACGUUUUUGCGAAAGCUGUGGACAACACAUGAAGUACAUCUUGUAUAACGGUAAGGUCGUCGAGCUCAAGGACCAAAUCGUGGCACCACCACUUUGGUGGUGGUAG